UUUGAUUAUUAUACUUGGUUGAUAGUUUACCAAAAUUACAUGUAAUUGAACGGUAGAUGAUUGCGUACACACGUAGUUCUGAAAACUCAUCAACAUUCUUCUCCCAAAAUAACGCACACAAAACCAUAAAACCAGACUCAGGGCCAGUUGAAAAACUCCCUCCCUCUUCUCUCUGUCUCCCUCUCGUACAAGAAUCAAUCCAACAGCUUAAGCAAAGCUCUCCCCCAGGCCCCCACACCUCUCUCUCCCCCCAAAAAUUCUCAUUCGUUCUCCAAUGUGUUGGUGUGAAAAACAAAGCUUUUCGUAGUAGUUGGUAGUGAGGCCCACAAAAUGUCGUCAGGGUUCUCUGGCACCGGAGGUCCCGACUUCUACGCCGCCGGUGGGUUUAACGGAAGAUCUAUGUUGCCCAUGAAGAACCCUCCGAUUCCGUACAGGUCACCUCUUGCCGGAAUUCUCCCUGACCCAACUUCUCAGAUCAUUCACCGCCAACCCGAUUUGAUCGGCAAACGAUCUCUCGCAGAGUUUCAACAACAGUAUCAGUCUCAAAACCAACAACAACAACAGCAGGGAUUAUUGGGGCUUUAUCUGAGGAACGUGAAGCCCAGAAAUUACCAGCACACUUCUCCUAUAUCUCCUCUUUCUCCUGUAGAUUUCUCAGCUUCCCUUUCACCAGAAGUCUCUUCAAUUUCUUCUUCAUCUUCUUCGACGCCGAUGACCGCACGGUAUAUACUACCAAAUCUUCAAAAUCUCCGGCCACAACCCAUCAGUACUUUCGGUAACGGAAACAUUGGCAGUAUCAAUAAUAUGAUUCCUAGUAACCAAAAUUUUUCUGGUGUUUCGGUUCCAUAUUCGAUGCAAAACCGAGUUGUGGGUCAGGAAUUGUUAGGCCAAGAAUCAAAGAAGAAUAUGAUGAAUCGUCUUCAGGAGCUCGAGAAACAGCUCUUAGACGACAACGACGACGAAAGCGGUGAUGCUGCGUCUGCGGUGACCAACAGCGAGUGGUCCGAAACGAUUCAGAACCUGAUCAGUCCGAGUCAGAAACCCAUUGCCCCAUCUCCAACCUCAUCAUCUUCUUCAUGCUCGUCUUCUCCGCCAUUAACUUGUACCAGACCACUGAUCCUCGAGGCAGCCUCGGCUAUAUCCGAAGGCAAGACAGACGUUGCUGUGGAGAUCCUCACGCGCCUGAACCAAGUCUCCAACGUCAGAGGCACUUCCGAGCAGAAGUUGACGGCGUACAUGGCGUCGGCGUUACGGUCGCGCGUGAACUCCACGGAGUAUCCACCACCAGUCGCCGAGCUUUACUGCAAAGAACACAUGGAUUCAACCCAAAUGCUCUUCAAUGCAUCUCCAUGUUUCAAGCUUGGUUUCAUGGCGGCCAAUCUAGCUAUACUCGAAGCGGCAUCGAAUCAAAAUCUUAACAAGCUUCAUGUUGUGGAUUUUGACAUUGGUCAGGGUGGCCAGUACGUGCAUUUACUCCACGCGCUAGCAGCAAAAAAAGCAGACAAGCCCAGUCUGUUGAAGAUCACGACGUUUGUGGAGGUUGUGACUGGAAGUGAAGAUAGAUUGAAGGAUGUCGGCGACGGACUGAAAGCUCUGGCGAAAAAAGUUGGAGUUGGGUUAAGUUUUAAUGUGUUGAAUUUGAAGAUAUCUGAUCUGAGUAUUGAGACAUUGGGUGUUGAAAAAGAUGACCUUUUGGCCGUUAAUUUUGCUUUUCGGCUGUAUAAAUUGCCUGAUGAAAGUGUUACGACGGAAAACUUAAGGGAUGAGUUGCUCCGCCGUGUGAAGAGGUUAUCGCCAACGGUGGUGACGGUGGUUGAGCAAGAAAUGAACGCGAAUACAGCGCCGUUCGUAGCGCGCGUGAACGAGGCGUGUGGGUAUUACGGGGCGUUGCUCGACUCGCUUGAUGCGACUGUGUCAAGGGAUACCUCGGCGCGAGUCGUGAUCGAGGAGGGACUGGGUCGAAAAAUAGCAAACUCGGUUGCGUGCGAAGGGAGGGACCGCGUUGAAAGAUGCGAGGUGUUCGGCAAGUGGCGGGCCCGCAUGGGCAUGGCCGGGUUCGAAUCCAAGCCCAUGAGUCAACUCGUGGCCGACUCGCUCCUUUUCAAACUCAACUCGGAAACACGUGGCAAUCCGGGCAUUACUGUUAAAGAAGAAAGUGGAGGGAUCAGCUUUGGUUGGAUGGGACGAACACUCACCGUCGCUUCUGCUUGGCGUUAAAGCUCAUUUUCACUCUAAAAAGCAUUAGUAUUAAUUGUGAACUAUUUAUAUAUUAAUUAUCAGUAAUGUUGUAUUAACGUUUUCAAGAUGGAAAAAGAAAUGACCCAUCAAGGGAACAAAUAAAGGGGGUGUUUGGGGAGGGGGGCAAAGUUAAGUUCAGCUUUUUUAUUUGAGUGUGAAAGUAGUGUUUGGCAUUUGCUGAUUCGGUUGGAUUGCUCUCAACUUCAGUGUCAUUGGAGGGCUCCACAUGGUAGAUUUUUUUUUAUUGUUUUUUGGGUAUGGUUGGUCUGAUUGAUAUAAGGAUGUUUUGGUGGGGGUGGUGGAGUAUCUGUAUUGAUGCCAUGCCAUGGGUUUGUUAUGGACCACAAAUUUUUUUCCUAUUUUUAUUUUAAUUUUAAUUAGUAUAAACCGGUGAAGGAUUAGGGUUUCAUAUUCGCAUGUCAAGACUUUAUU